AACUUGAUGCUGAUAGUCAGGUUGAACGCCUUGAAGAUUUCGAAGAUUUUAUUUUACAAGAGGAAGAUAAUUCAGACAAAUGGUUAUCAUUGUUGACUUCAGAGUUAUCGGCUUCAAUUGCAUUAGAAGUUGAUAAUGACAAUCUGGUUGAAGUCUUUGAAAGUUUUGGAAAUCUCAUUUUGCGAGGAGUAAUAGUAGUAGGUAAUUUAGAUUUAUCAUUAUCACUGUUGGUUUCAGAAUUAUCAACUUCAUUUGCAUUGGAAUUGGUUACUGUUGUUUGA